ACUCUGUGGGGCCAAAAUCCACAUAAUGAGCAUUGAAAGAUUUUUCCUAACCCUCUCUAAUCAUAUUCAUCACACAUCCGUUCAAUAUAAGCACGUGUCUAUAUUUCCGGUCUGCAUUCUUGUCAAAAGCCGAGUAGUGGAAAAAAAAGGGAGAGAAAUUUUCAGAAAUGGAGGAAAAGGCGGCCAAAAGGGUAGUGUUAGUUCCAGUUCCAGCACAGGGUCACUUGACUGCGAUGAUGCAACUGGGAAAAGCCCUCUACUUGAAGGGCUUCUCCAUCACGGUUGCUCAGACUGAGUUCAAUCACUUGUCCCCUUCCGACGACUUCCCCGAUUUUUCAGCUGUCACCAUUCUCGGCGGCUUAUCUGAAACCGAGUUCAAGAAUCUCGGACCAGUUGAGUUUCUGAUUAAGCUCAAUGUCGUGUGCGAGGAGAGCUUCAAGGGCUGUCUGGGUCAGUUGUUGCAGCAACACGGUAACGACGUAGCCUGUGUCAUCUAUGACGAGAUCAUGUACUUUGCUGAAGCUGCUGCCAUGGACUUUAACCUUCCCAGUGUCAUCUUCAGUACCAUGAGUGCAACAUCUUUCCUUUGCCGUUCUUUAAUGGGGAGACUCAACGAUAAUCCGUUAUUGGAUCCAUUGGAAGAGCCGGGAGAAGAAGACAAGUUGAUACCAGAGCUCUAUCCCCUCCGGUACAAGGACUUGCCCACUUCUGCAUUUGCGCCAUUAGAGAGCUCUCUGAAGCUAUACAUGAAAGCACGGGAUAAACGAAGCGCUUCUCUUGUCAUAAUCAACACAUCAAGCUGUCUAGAGAGCUCAUCUCUUGAAUGGAUGCGCCAAGAUUUGCAAGCUCCGAUUUAUCCGAUUGGCCCUCUUCACAUGGCGGCCUCAGCUUCUUUCAGCCUGCUGGAAGAGGGCAGGAGCUGCAUCGAAUGGCUGAACAAACAGGCAGAAAGCUCAGUGAUAUACAUAAGCCUGGGAAGCUUGGCUUGGAUGGAACAUAAAGAUAUGGUGGAAAUGGCUUGGGGAUUGGCUAACAGCAAGCAACCUUUCCUGUGGGUAAUCAGACCAGGUUCUGUCCCCAACCCAGAAUCCUUGUCUGAAGAGCUCAAUGGCAUUGUUUCUGAGAGAGGGCAUAUAGUGAAAUGGGCGCCGCAAAAGGAAGUGCUUUCACAUUCUGCGGUAGGAGGCUUUUGGAGCCAUUGCGGGUGGAACUCGACGGUGGAAAGCAUAAGCGAAGGAGUUCCGAUGAUAUGCAGGCCAUUUUCCGGGGACCAGAAGGUGACCGCGAGGUAUUUAGAGAGGGUUUGGAGAAUAGGGAUUCAGCUGGAGGGCGAGGAGUUGAAGAGAGGAGACGUCGAGAGAGCUGUGAGGAUGUUAAUGGCGGAUGAAGAAGGCGUGAUGAUGAAGAAGAGAGCGCUGUGCCUGAAGGAGAAGAUCGAAGCCUCUGCUAGAAGUGGAGGUUCUUCGCACAACUCGUUAAACGAGUUUGCAGAUUUCAUCAAUGCGUUGUGAAGCCGAUUUAAAGGCAUAACAAUAGGAGUGUUUGCAUUAACAAACUCAACUAAAAAAAAAA